AUGGAUCAUCGGUUGAGCAGAUUCUCCAUUCCAAUAGACGAAGCCCAAUUGAGAGAGCAGCAAAUCUCUAUUCAUCCAAAUCCAAACCUCCUUCCCAGCCAAAGAACUAACUUGGUGGAUCACAACAACAACAACAACUUCAGUAGAGGUUUCCAUCAUGACUACAUCGCAUCUCAUUCUAACCCUUCCUCCAAUGAAACCUCCAAAUCCACUGUAACUCGAGAAGAAGAAUACCCAGAAGAAGAAGAAGACUGCGAUUUUUCAGAUGCAGUCUUGACCUACAUAAGCCAGAUGCUUAUGGAAGAAGAAAUGGAAGACAAGCCAUGUAUGCUUCAAGACUCAUUAGAUCUUCAGGCAGCUGAGAAAUCUUUCUAUGAUGUCCUAGGCCAGAAGUACCCACCUUCACCUGAGCCUAACAACCACCCAUCUGAUGAUGUUAUUAGCUACUACUUAAAUGCUAAUCCUAGUUGGGAUUGCAAUCAGACUGACUAUGAUCAUCACUUUCAACCUAUUAAUGCUUCCACCACCAUUUCUCAAUCUUCUCAUACUUCUUCCAAUAAUAGUGUUGUUACAAGCACAGAUGGGCUGGUGGACUCUCCCAGCAGCACGUUUAAGUUCCCUGAUUUCAGCAGUGAGAGCCAGUCCAUUUCGCAGUUCAACAAAGGUGUUGAAGAAGCUAACAAAUUUCUCCCAACUUCCAACAAUCUGCUUCUGAAUAUUGAGACCAAUAGGUUGCUGAAUCAGCAGCUGCCAAAGCAUACGAAGAGGGAUGAAUUGCAGAUGGAAUCUUUACUUUGUGGGUCAAGAGGAAAGAAGAACACUGUAAGGGAUGAUGUACCAAUUGAAGAAGGGAGGAGCACAAAGUUUUUGGCUGUCUAUAAAGAAUCCGAUUUGCCACCAGAUGUGUUCGACAGCGUGUUGCUUUGCAGCGUAGGCAAAGGCAAGGAAGACUUGACAGCACUUCGCGAUUCAUUGAAGAGCGCCACAAUAAAGAACAAGCAGAGUGGACAGCUGAAGACAUUCCAACACGGCAAAGGUAGUCGUGGAAAGAAAAGCAGCACCAGCACCAGUGGGAAGAAGAAGGAAGUUGUGGACUUGAGAACACUCCUCAUCAGUUGUGCCCAAGCUGUUGCUGCUGAUGAUGUGUGGAAUGCAAGUCAACUGCUGAAGCAAAUUAGGUUGCAUUCCUCACCCUUUGGCGAUGCGAACCAGCGACUUGCUCACUGUUUCGCUGAUGGACUUGAGGCACGCCUGGCUGGAACUGGCAGCCAGAUCUACAAGGGCCACAUCAACAAGAAAACCUGUGCUGCUGAUGUGUUGAAAGCUUACCAUCUUUUCCUUGCUGCUUGCCCUUUCAGAAAGCUUUCUAAUUUCGUCUCCAACAAGACCAUAAGGAUUGCUUCGGGGGAUGCAAUGCAGGUCCACGUCAUCGACUUCGGAGUUUUGUACGGUUUCCAGUGGCCAACCUUAAUUCAACGGGUGUCGUGGAGACCGGGUGGUCCACCAAAGCUUCGUAUUACUGGGAUAGAGUUUCCACAGCCUGGCUUUCGGCCAGCAGAGCGAGUAGAAGACACGGGACGUCGCCUGGCAGAAUAUGCGGCAAAGUUCAAGGUGCCAUUCGAGUACAAUGCAAUUGCAAAGAAAUGGGAGAAUGUACGGCUCGAGGAUCUCAAGAUUGAAAGAGACGAAUAUGUGGUUGUGAAUUGCUUGUACCGGUCGAAGAACGUGUUGGAUGAGACAGUGUCAGUGGAUAGUCCAAGGAACAUUGUCCUAAGGUUGAUAAAGAAGAUAAACCCUGAUAUUUUCAUCCACGGGGUCAUCAAUGGGGCAUUCAAUGCUCCAUUCUUCGUGACAAGAUUCAGGGAGGCGUUGUUUCAUUUCUCUGCAAUGUUUGAUAUGCUUGAAGCUGUUGUGCCACGCGAAGAUCAGGAGAGGAUGCUGUUGGAGAAAGAGAUAUUUGGGAGGGAGGCGUUGAAUGUGAUUGCUUGUGAAGGGUGGGAAAGAGUGGAGAGGCCGGAAACAUACAAGCAGUGGCAAGUUCGUUGCUUGAGGGCUGGUUUUGAGCAGAUUGGUUUCAAUAGAGAGAUCAUGAAGGAAGCGAAUGCGAAAGUUAAGGAACUUUACCAUAAGGAUUUUUUGAUCGACGAGGAUAGCAAGUGGUUGCUGCAAGGGUGGAAAGGUCGAAUAAUUUAUGCGCUUUCUGCUUGGAAGCCUUCUCUUAGCUAUGGUGCUUGA